ACAACCAGAUUCAACACGUGUGUCUGUGCUCUGAGGAAGAGGAGCCUCCAUCCUGCAGCCUCCAAGGGUCUCACCUGGAAAUUGUUGAAAUGGACGUAGAAGAAUUCCGGCGUCUUGGCAAGGAGAUGGUGGACUACGUGGCUGAUUACUGGAAGACCAUCGAGGAGCGGCCCGUCUACCCGGACGUAGAGCCGGGCUACCUCCGGCCGCUCAUCCCCACCGAGGCGCCGCAGGAGCCCGAGACGUUCGAGGACGUGAUGAAAGACGUGGAGAGAGUCAUCAUGCCGGGGAUCACCCACUGGAACAGCCCGUACUUCUACGCCUACUUCCCGACUGGCUGCUCCCACCCCAGCCUGCUGGCGGACAUGCUGUGUGGCGCUCUGAGCUGCAUCGGCUUCAGCUGGGCGGCCAGUCCCGCCUGCACGGAGCUGGAGACGGUGAUGAUGGACUGGCUGGGGAAGAUGAUGCAGCUGCCCGAGUGCUUUUUAGCAUCGUCUGGAGGCCAAGGUGGAGGUGUCCUGCAGGGCACCGCCAGCGAGGCCACGCUCAUGUCCCUGCUGGCCGCGCGCUGCAAGGCGCUGCGGCAGAUCCAGGUCCUGCACCCGGAAUGGAGCGAGCCUGAAAUCUUCUCCAAACUCAUCGCGUACACGUCUGAGCAGGCUCAUUCUUCUGUGGAGCGAGCAGGUCUGAUCGCCUCGGUGACCAUGAGGAUGGUCCCCACAGACAACAGCUAUGCCAUGAGGCUGGACCUGCUGAAGAGGAUGGUGGAGGAGGACAAAGCAGCAGGACUCAUCCCCGUCUAUGUACGAGAGCAGCACAGUCGUCAUCACAGUAAUAGCAUUUGUGUUCAGCCCGAGGCCACAGUGUGUGCGACUCUUGGCACGACACCAUCGUGUGCGUUCGACAACAUCGCGGAACUGGGACCUUAUUGUAAGGAGGCAAACCUCUGGCUGCACGUGGACGCGGCGUACGCCGGCAGCGCCUUCAUCUGUCCUGAAUUCCGACAUCUCUUGAACGGCAUUGAGUUUGCAGAUUCAUUCAACUUCAACCCGCACAAGUGGCUUUUGAUCAACUUCGACUGCUCGGCCUUUUGGGUGAGGAACAAAGUGGACCUGGUGGGCGCCUUCAAGGUGGAGCCGGUCUACCUGAAAUACGAGAAGCAGGACGCAGGUCUGAUCACAGAUUACCGGCACUGGCAGAUUCCACUGGGACGACGCUUUCGCUCCUUAAAAAUGUGGUUCACAUUCCGAAUGCUCGGAGUUGGGAGACUUCAGGAGAAUAUACGGAAGCAAGUGGCUCUGGCACGCGAGUUUGAGGGUCUAGUCCGGGCGGACGACAGGUUUGAGAUCAGUGCGGAGGUCAUCAUGGGCCUCGUCUGCUUCAGACUCAAGGGCUCCAACGAGCAGAACCAGGAGCUGCUGAAGCAGAUCACCAAGUGCAGAGAGAUCCACCUGGUGCCUUGCGAGCUCUCCGGGAAGUUCGUCCUGCGCUUCGCCAUCUGCUCGCGCUACACCGAAUCCCGCCACGUGCAGGUGGCGUGGCGGCACAUCGCCCAACUGGCCACAGGAAUCCUGAAGUAGCAGCCGCACCUGCGAAGCACAAAAGGGAAAGACAGGUUCAGUGAGCAGCAGGCCUUAAUUUGCUGACCGUGCGAUCAUGACAUACAUUUGAAGACAGACAAUUAUUUAGAUUCUGUUUCUUUACGCUUUGCUAUUUUAUCGUGAACGUCUGAGUGAACUGAGACUCUCAUGAGAAUGUACUGCUACUUGUCUGUCUGGGCGAGUUGUUGGGCAACAGCUGUGUUACAUGGUGUCACUGUGCGUUUGUUUUUGUAAAGGUGAUCAAGUGGUCCUCAAGGUACUCGUGAAUAAAUGGCCAGUGUGCUUUACAUACU